GCUGGACGAAGGAAAAUUGUUUGCGUGCCUGCGUUUGCUCGUCCAAAAUCGUCCUUGCUUCGAAAAUUGCAUGUUUAUCCUAAGUAAUAAGUUAUUAAAUUCUUAAAAAUUAGAGCUUCUACGAGCUAAACGGUGCACACUUUCGAAUCCAGUCUGCCGACACGUUAGUCGUUGUUGAUCUCGUCGAGGGGAGCGCCGGUAACGCCGCGGCGACGAACAAUCGCAAAUAACAAUGGAUGAUGAUGCGGAAACGUACAAGCUUUGGCGAAUUCGCAAGACCGUGAUGCAGCUGAGCCAUGACCGGGGAUAUCUGGUAACACAAGACGAGUUGGACCAAACGCUGGAACAGUUUAAGGAGCAGUUUGGCGACAAACCUAGCGAAAAACGACCGGCCCGGUCGGAUUUGAUUGUGCUGGUGGCUCACAACGACGACCCCACGGACCAGAUGUUUGUAUUCUUCCCGGAAGAGCCCAAGAUAGGAAUAAAGACGAUCAAGACGUACUGCACGCGCAUGCAGGAAGAGAACAUCCACCGAGCCAUCGUGGUCGUGCAAGCCGGUAUGACACCCUCGGCCAAACAGUCGCUCGUCGAUAUGGCCCCGAAGUACAUUCUGGAGCAGUUCCUGGAGUCGGAACUGCUGAUUAACAUUACCGAACACGAGCUGGUGCCGGAACACGUCGUCAUGACACCGGAAGAGAAGCAGGAACUGUUGGCGCGGUACAAACUGAAGGAAAACAUGCUGAUGAGAAUUCAGGCGGGUGAUCCGGUCGCACGCUACUUCGGUCUGAAGCGUGGACAAGUGGUGAAAAUCAUUCGUCCAUCGGAGACGGCAGGUCGCUACAUCUCGUAUCGUUUGGUGUGCUAACACGCUGUCCAAAAUUACACACCUCUCUGCGCGCCAAAUCAAAUAAACAUCCAACACAUCUCGA